AAUUGCGGUGUUUCUUCACUGCUGCUAGUUUUAAUCAGGCAACCAUAGAAGUAUAUACGCUAAAGUGAAUCUACGGCUAAACUAAAAUAUAACGAUUAUACUUCAGAAAUAAUGGCUAUUUUUACAGAUUUCACGAAGUGGCUAUUGUUCUCAUCGCCAACGCUAGUUAUUUCCACCUCGCUAGUUUAUCUAUAUUUCGUCUAUUUUGCUGGUCCGCAAUUUAUGAAAAACAGAAAACCGUAUUCGUUAAAACAGUUUAUACGGUGCUACAAUCUUUUUCAAAUUGUUGCAAAUUUUUUGAUAGUGUUUAAUAUCAUGACAAAGGGUAGACCGUUCGUCGCUUUGUGGAAAUAUUGUGAGCCAUUUGAUAAAAUUUGCGAUCGUUACACCGAAAAGGAACUUGAAAUUAUAUGCUGGGGACUAGUGCUUAAAGGUAUUGAUUUCACUGAAACCGUGAUAUUUGUAUUAAGGAAAAAACAUCGCCAGAUCUCAUUUUUACACACGUUCCAUCAUGUUUCUACGUUUAUCGGUUUGUGGUUGGUCGUGAAAUACUUCGCCCAUAGUUUUCUUCUAACUCUAAUAGCGCUCAAUCCUUCUGUACACGUGAUAAUGUAUUCCUACUAUUUUCUGAGUACUUUUGGAUCGAAUAUGCAACAAAAACUACUGCCGAUCAAGAAAUGGAUUACUAUUAUACAAAUGAUACAGAUAGUAUUCAUAAUGGUGGUCAGUUCGCAAGGUUUCAUACCCAACUGUGGUAAUAUGAGUGUGAAAUACUAUUCUGUUUUCGCAUUUUCGAGUGCAUUAAUGAACUUAUUAUUGUUUUAUAAUUUUUAUAGUUCUCAUUAUAAAAAAUCGAAAAAUAUCUGAUUGUGAGGUACAAUUUUGUUGAAAGUGCAUUGUUGUUAGCUCGACAAAACACGUGUUUCUUCUAUGUAAUCAAUUGAAUCUGUAUCUAUUGUAAUCAAAUAUUAAAUUUGUGUUUGAGUGCGUAUGUGUA